AUGCCGGGGGUCCCUUCCAAUAAAAGCUGUGAACGAUGCAAGAAGAAACACAUGAAGGUAUGUGGGUCCCCGCCCAGCCACUACUCCGAUCUGACCGAACAGUGCGAUGAAACUCGCCCUCAAUGCCAACGGUGUCAGACGGCCAACGUAGAAUGUCCAGGCUACGUGCAGACACGCAAAUUUAUUGACCAAGGGCCUACUGUGAGGCGUCGUUUCGCACCAUAUCAGGGGUCUUCUACAAAGACCCCAGCACUAAAGCCGUCAGUGGAAGGUUGGGGAAAUCCCACAUUCUCAUGGAAUGACUCGAGCGACAGGAGAGGACAGCCAGGGCCUACCAAGCGAGAGGCUUUAGAUCAUGCCGACACCAACCUUCACCAAGAUUCAGAAGGUUUGAUGGCAGGCAAUCCAGUCCCGAUGGGGACAGAGACUAAAAACACCGCUAGCCUGGACGCCGGCUUAUCUGAGAGUGAUUCGUUUCCUCCUGACUUCCGAUCUAAUGUCCGGGAUAGUUGGGAACCCCCAGGGAGCCUAGGUCAGAAUUCUGCGGUCACUAGAGCUGUUCUAGACACUUUCGGUCCUUGUGGUCAUGGCCCGUUAAAUGAUUCUAUUGACAGCCAGGCACAACCUACGUGGCAAGGAUCAGCCGAGGAGACUGAAAAGGAAGAGUUGCAAGCCCUAUUCACAGACCUAAAAACUGGCACUGAGCAUGAAACGGCAUUUCUCAUGCGUUAUUUUACGGAGGUCAUAGGGAGCUGGUAUUCAUAUCCCCCAUUUCCAUUCGGAGCGAUCGCUGCAAAACAACUUGGCUUGUUGAAAGGAGUCACCUCGCUCGCGGGGGCAAAAGCCACCAGUCUCGCGACAACAGAGAUAUACCCCAACUCGCUCCAAGUGGACUGGAGCCUCAAAGCCACCAACUACUACUACCUUGCUUCUUCAUCACUCCACUCGUCCUUUUCGGAACAUUAUACGGUCAUGUCCAGCUCAACUGUAUUCGACUCUCCGACUGAAUCUCUGAACAACUGGAUUGCAGGCCAAAACGUCUCGGAAGCUGGUCUGCAAACAGAUGGCAAAGCACAGAUAAGCCAACUGGAAAACAGUCUAGCCACUGUGACACUCAUGAUAUUCUAUAAGCUCCUCGACUCCGAUAUACAAGAAUGGCAUUUGCAUCUUUCGGGCAUUGGCCGGUUAUUCGAGUCCUUGGUGUCCCUGUAUGAUUCUCAGCCAGCGGAUAUGCCUCAUGGUAUCCGGGCUUCAUUUUGGAAUCUUGCCCGUCAGGACUUUUGUGGUUCCUAUAUGCUGCGGGUGCCCACCCAUCUGGAUCCUACAAAUCUCCCAUUGUGGCGCGCUGCAGGCCUCUCUAUCGAUGGUACGAGGGGCUUCGAUAUGGGCUCCGGUGGAACCUUGAAGUCCAGCGAAGAGGACCAAGCAUUCAAUGGCCUGAUUUGGCUCCUGAGUAAGUUGGUCAACUUUCUGGCCCAUUUGGCACAGUCUCAACUGUGCAGGUUGACGGAAUCUCCGGGGUCGACGACAGAAAGGGGCUUGCAGGGCAGUGCCAGUCCAGCAGCAUCGCUCUCUUCGACCCCUGUCGCAUGGUUAGAGCUAUGUUUUGCUUUUCAAUCAUGGUUCGAAGGAGCCCCCGAGACCUUCCGGCCCUACAUUCGCAUUGAACGCCCGAGGACCACCGACGGAACGGUUCUGCCUUUUCCAGAGACCCUUUUCAGCUCAUCUACCUGCGCAGCUGCCAUGCAACACUAUCAUUUUGGACGCAUUGCCCUUCUUCUCAACCGCCCAGAGAACGAUUCUCCGUCUCUUGGAAGCUCCUUCGAUCGCUUGAAACGAUACCGAGAAGUCACCAAAGAAGUCGAGUUUCGCUGUCGUGAGGUAUGCAGUAUUGCCUUGGGUAGACCUCAUGGCGCCGUCCGCGUGCAUAUGAUCCCUCUGCUGUUUGGUGUUGGCAAAUGUAUAGAGGGAUCGACCGAGCGUCGAACUAUUUUAGAUAUCCUGCAUGGGGUUACAAGGGACCUGGGACUCAGAACCGCCUCGAUGAUCAAUAUGCUUGUUGAGUCAUGGAAAGACUGA